GAGCCAAACAAGUGCACACCGGAUAUUGGAAAAGCCAUUCUUCUUGCUGAUGCUGUUGUGAUAAUAAAUUAUUAUAGGGACGCAGACGCACGAGGCAAGUCCGAGCCUGGCCCAGCUGAUGUGAGAAGAAAGGAGGGCACGCACGAUCAAGACGAGAUUAUAGAAACAUCUUUGGACGUUAGUCAGAAGGGGGGGGGGGGGGGGUGCUGAUAUCGAUCCCACCAGAGCAUUCUGACUUGGGAUAUUUGAGACUCUGCUCUUACAGAAAUCAAUCCGUGCCGAAUGUAGGCUUCCUGUCCACGGCUGCUCCACUUUCGUUCAGCUGUGUUUCGGAGGCGCACGUCAGCUUUAAAACUGUUAUCUAAAACAGCUUUGGUUAUCUUAUUGUGGAUUUGUCCAGGUUUUUGUCCAUGCGUGAUGCCGCUCUAAGCGCAGACACGCGCAGCGUGGAGAACUCUUCAUCUCAGGUCUUUACGGAGUGAAAUCCGAGCCGGUUCUCACCCGGAUCACGGACCUGACCGCAUGACAAACAAGUGCAUGGGAGUAGCCUGCAGGGCCCGGCUUUAGUUCACGACCAGUACUCCGCACCUCCUCUCCUGCAGGCGCCUGUGAUGUGCGUUACGGCAUUACGCACGGAAAAGAGCCGAGCGCUUUGAUCCGCCUUAUAUCGGGAAUAUUCUUUUGGAGAAGGAUGAGCAGCAAGGAGUUGACGGUGGGCCAGUCCAGCCAGUAUGUGGGGCCAUACAGGCUGGAGAAAACCCUCGGGAAGGGACAGACGGGGCUGGUGAAGUUGGGAGUUCACUGCAUUACAGGGCAGAAGGUCGCCAUAAAGAUUGUCAACAGAGAGAAACUGUCUGAGUCAGUUCUAAUGAAGGUGGAGCGAGAAAUAGCUAUUCUUAAACUAAUAGAGCACCCUCACGUUCUCAAGCUGCACGAUGUCUAUGAGAAUAACAAAUACUUGUAUCUGGUGUUAGAGCACGUGUCAGGCGGGGAGCUUUUCGACUACCUGGUGAAAAAGGGUAGAUUGACCCCAAAAGAGGCCAGGAAGUUCUUCAGACAAAUCAUCUCCGCCCUCGACUUCUGCCACAGUCACUCCAUAUGCCACAGAGACCUGAAGCCUGAGAACCUUCUCCUCGACGAGAAGAACAACAUCAGGAUAGCAGACUUUGGCAUGGCCUCGCUGCAGGUGGGGGACAGCCUGCUGGAAACCAGUUGUGGAUCUCCACACUACGCCUGCCCAGAGGUCAUAAGAGGGGAGAAGUAUGACGGUCGCAGGGCAGAUGUUUGGAGUUGUGGAGUCAUUCUCUUUGCUCUGCUUGUAGGUGCUCUGCCCUUUGACCAUGACAACCUGCGGCAGCUUCUGGAGAAAGUGAAGAGUGGAGUGUUCCAUAUGCCACACUUCAUACCCCCCGACUGCCAAGAACUGCUCAAAGGAAUGAUAGAGGUCACCGCUGACAAGAGACUCACGUUGGAAGCAAUACAGAAACAUCCCUGGUACCAGGGUGGUCGUAAUGAGCCCUGUCCGGAGCAGCCGCCCCCUCGGAAGGUGUGUGUGAAGAGGAUCCUGUCCUUAACGGAUAUGGACCCUGACGUCCUGGAAAGCAUGUACUCCUUAGGCUGCUUCAGAGACCGGGUCAAGCUCAUACAGGAUCUAGCAAGUGAGGAGGAGAACCAGGAGAAAAUGAUCUACUACCUCCUGCUGGAUAGGAAGGAGAGAUACCCAAGUUGUGAGGAUGAGGAUCUGCCACCCAGAAAUGACAUAGACCCACCCAGGAAGCGUGUCGACUCCCCCAUGUUGACACGUCAUGGCCGGUGUCGACCAGAGAGGAAGAGCCUGGAGGUCCUCAGCAUCACAGAACAGGAGUCACCCACUCCACCUCGUAGGGCUCUGGAUACAUCUGCACACAGCCAGAGGUCUCGUUCGGUCAGUGGAGCGUCCACCGGUCUGUCGUCCAGUCCUCUCAGCAGUCCCAGGAGUCCAGUCUUCACUUUCAGCCAAUCAGAAGUCACUUCCAACUCUGCUUCCUCCUCCAAAGAACCCAAAGCAGGAAGUGUCACCACCCCUCGGCCAUCUCGCCCAACGCCUGACUCAAAAACCCAUACCCUGCCCUCAAAGGGACCUACAGAGCGUCCCCAGCUCCAAUCCAUGAAGUCCCUCCCCCUCCAGACUCCACGUUCCCUGUCCCCUUCCCCUUCCCCACUCCUCUCCCCCAUCCCACGCUUCUUCAACUUCCCUGCUCCCUCUGUCUUCAAAUCAGUUGGCAAGAGUGCCCACUCAUCUUCUAACUCCUCUGCCACGCCUUCCCCUGUGUCACAGGUGACUCCUCAGGGCUCACCGCUCCACACCCCGCUGGGCACACCUGUGCACCACAUCCAGCACCCUUCCUCUACCACCCCUCCCUCCUCUUCGUCCUCAUCUUCUUCUUCCAGAGCAGACGGCACCGGUGGGGCCUCACUGUCACUGACCCCGCCCUCCAGCCCUGGUGGCAGUAGUGGGCUGGCCGCCUCCAGCUCGGGCCACUGGAGGACGAGGCUCAACUCUUUCAAAAACAACUUGCUGGGCUCGCCACGCUUCCAUCGCCGCAAGUUGCAAGUUCCCACCUCAGAGGACAUGUCCAGUUUGACUCCAGAGUCCAGUCCAGAACUGGCCAAACGGUCAUGGUUUGGUAACUUUAUCAGCGUGGAAAAAGAAGAACAGAUCUUUAUUGUGAUUCGUGACAAGCCGCUCAGCUCCAUUAAGGCUGAUAUCGUCCAUGCCUUUCUGUCUAUCCCUUCUCUCAGCCACAGCGUGGUGUCUCAGAACAGUUUUAGGGCAGAGUACAAGUCUCCCGGUGGCCCAUCUGUCUUCCAGAAGCCUGUCAAGUUUCAAGUGGAUAUUGUUUUCUCUGAAGGAGAAAGGGAGCGAGAGAGGGAAAGAGCUGAGAAGGAAAGGAGGAGGGAGAUGGGUAUCUAUAGCGUCACCUUCACACUAAUAACAGGUCCAAGUCGCAGGUUCAAGAGAGUUGUGGAAACUAUUCAGGCUCAUCUUAUAAGUUCUCAUGAUCAGCCUUCUGUGCAGGCACUGGCUGAUGAGAAGAACAGUCAACUUUCCCACCACACUGGCCCACCUUCAUGCCAGAAUUCCCGCUGUUCUGAAAAUGGAUCUGAGCAUGCAGAUGGAAGCAGCGGGACUGGGAGUGGAAGCAACAGCAGCACCACCAUCUUACAAAGGCGAGAGUCAGGAAAGGACAAAACCAGACUCCUCUCCUCUUCAAAUGGGACGCAAUCUCACCCCUGAAAUGAAUUUGAGGAAGAGAGGCGAGGAACAUCCGUCCUGGCUGUCCUCUCUUCCUUUCUUCUAUCCUCUCCCAUCGCUUCAUUCCUACCUCCCUUCCUGCCUUGCUUCCUAUCAACAUUCCCUAGCAGUGUGAUGGAGGAGGGGGCGAUGGUUCUUUAAA